AUGAAAGAACAUUUAGAGACAUGGAUUAGUUCUGCAAUUAAACGUAAUGCUCAAGAGUUGAAACUCAGCUUCUGUUCUUCACCUGGACCACUCGUUCGAUUUCCUGAUCAUGUUUUCGUUUGCAGAACACUCGUGUGUCAAAAGUUGUUCGAUGACGUUGUCGUGGAUGUCCCUGCAAAUGUGUGUUUCCAAAGUCUCAAGAUUCUUCAACUAGAUCGUGUACAGUAUGCAAAUGAUGGAUCAUUGAAGAAGCUACUCUCUAGUUGUCCGAUUCUCGAGGAUUUGAUCGUCGAGAGGACUUGGAAUGAUGGUAUUCUUGUUCUGGACAUCAAUGUUACUUCAUUGAAGAGGAUCAAUGUACAGAGACUGAGUUUUGGAACUGGUUGUCACAAGGUACUGAUCAAUGCCCCGCUGCUCGAAAGGAUAGAAUUGUUGGAUACUACGAUUUGGGAUUUUCGUGUUGAAGAUUUAUCCAACGUCGUAGAAGCAAUUAUCGACGUUCGUGCGGUACCCGUGCUGAUUAAAGAGAUGUGUAAUGUUAAGUUUCUGUCUGUAUCAGAACCUGCAUUCAUGUCAAUGUGUCAGCUGCGAAUACUGGUUUCACCUGAUAGCCUUGCUUAA